AUGGCCUCUAUCGCUGCCACGCUCACGGGAGAGCAGAUUGCCGCUCUGGCCUAUGCCCUGCCGCCCCUCGAGCCCGAGGGCCUCUGUUACUUCGUCGAAAUCAUCUCGAUUAUCAUCGGUGUCAUCGCCACCAUUGUCGUCGGCCUCCGAGUCUGGAUUCGAGCAGGCCUUUCCGGAGCCACCAAGAGAAUCUGGGGCGUCGACGAUUAUCUUGUGAUAAUUGGAGUUCUUCCGUUCAUCCCUUCCAUCGUCUUUUCCGUAUACUGCGCCCGCUUCGGGGUCGGACGCCUCGACGUCGACCUCCCCGAUCCGCUGUACCAGGUGCGCGCCCUCGAGUAUGUCAUCUAUUGGGAGAUCACCUACUUUAUUUCGUCCACUAUUUUCAAGUGCGCCAUCGGUUUCGCCUGCGUGCGCUUGGACACAAGGGGCCGAGUAUUUUGGCCUAUAACCAUCAACAUGGGCAUCAUGGUCAUAGUCACGAUUAUGGCUCUGACAUUCAUAUUUGCCAACUGUACUCCGUUCCAGGCUAUGUGGAAUCCUGCUCUCGGGCGUUGCCAGUCGAUCAUCGGCUUUCAGACACUCAGUUACAUAGUCUCUGCCGUCCAGAUGGUGACAGAUUGGGCGUGUGCUCUGAUUCCAGUUUUCAUCGUGGCCGGGCUCCAGAUGCCACGACGAACAAAGCUAUCCGUCGUGUGCAUCCUGGGACUGGGAAUCCUUGUUAGUGUAGCCACCAUCGUUCGCAUACCUUACUUAAAGUACUGCGACACGGUCAAGUACCCAAAUGACCUACCGUAUCACCUCGCUGCUAUCGUUAUUACUUCUAACGUCGAAUGUGGUCUUGGCAUCAUCGCAUGUUCUCUGCCUCCUCUCCGCAAACUCUUCAAGUUCUAUUAUAGAUCUUGUCAUGACCCCAAUACGAGCGGCCAGGUUAGUGAGCUUCGCAUUCUCCCUUCGGACAAAUAG